GGGUAAUGUCGAAAAUGAAGUUUUCCGGUUAUUUUGCACAUUGAUUACAAAAUAUCUGAGCUAAUGUUAUACUAUGUAUCUUCAUUUAUUUUGCUGUCGGGUGACGACGUGAGUGCCCAUGUGGUGGACUAGUGGUGGAAGCGACGGCCACCACUGUUUGUUUUCUCCCGGCAACGUGGUUGAGCAAGUUGAGUAGACCAAGGUCUGUGUUUCACGUGCGUUAAGCCGAUCUCCGCCAUCCUUGAAAAUGCCGAAAAUCAAGAGGGAGCGAACGGACAGCACCUACGACGACGAUCACUCCACUAUGCAUGUUUCGAAGAAAGCCAAGAAGAUAAAAGUCGAAGAUGGUGCUGCUGUGGAAGACGGCAUGGACGAUUCCACAUUUGCCCACGAAAAUGAUGGGAUGGAUUCUUUGACUUACGAAGAAAAGUUGGCUUUCGUCAACCCUAUCGCAAAGCCCAUGGCCUCGAAAAAGUUCACAAAGAAGUUGUUGAAGUUAAUUAAGAAGGCUUCGAAGCACAAAGGUUAUCUGUAUAGUGGGAUAAAAGAAGUGCAAGCCAAGAUUCGCAGGGGCGAUAUUGGUAUGUUGGUGUUGGCGGGAGAUGUACAGCCAAUCGACAUAUGCAGCCACAUUCCCGCCGUCUGUGAAGAGAAAGGCUUGCCGUACAUCUGGACGCCGUCUCGACGUGACCUGGCUGCUGCGAUGGGAAAGAGGAGAAUGGUGCUCAUAUGUCUCAUCAAAGAACACGACGACUACAAGGAGCUGAUGGCGGAAUGUGCUCAGGUGAUUGAGAAGGAGUACACUAUGGUGUAGAACUGCGUUACGAGACCUUAGGGACACACACAAAAACUUUUCGUUCACUGCAUUUCAACAUUUUGUGCGUUUAUCCCAAGAAUCUGAUUGCGCUGGCUGCCGCUACUGGCUUUGUAUUGUCCUUGCUGUAUACCAUGAUGUUAUGAUGCUAUGAUGCUAUGAUGCUUGCGUUUCCAUGUUACAUUUCGAUGUAUUCACUUUGCUGUCAUGCGUGAAGCAACUGGUUACGGUUAUGUUGCGGUGUAGUCGCCACGUCUUAUUAAUGUGGCACCUGCUUGCCUGCCAGCCAGCAUCGUUAAGGCAGUGGUGCCGACCGUAACUAGUGCCUACAAUUUCCUGAAAUUCGCAGACAUACGCAGUCAUGCUCCACAUUAAACCAGUUACAGUGCUUUUAUGUAAUGCAUUGGUCAGCAGUAUGCAGUUUACCAAUUGGUGUUGUGUGUUACCUGUACAUAAAGCAUCCAGAAUAAACUAAUCCUUGGAAACCUUGGCA